CACUACACCUCACCAUUCACCUCCACCUCAUCACUCACCUCAACACCACCUAAUCCAACAACCAUGCCCUCCCCAUACCCCAAACCCCCCACAGGCAUCUCCAUCCUCAUCGUCGGCGCCGGUUUCGCCGGCCUCACCACCGCCAUCGAAUGCCACCGCCACGGGCACUCCGUAACCAUCUACGAAUCCUUCCCCACCCUCAAGUCCCUAGGGGACAUCAUCUCCUUUGGCGCCAACGGCGGCCGCAUCUUUGCGCGUUGGUCCGAUGGUGCCAUCGCUGCCAAACUACGUUCCUUGUCCAUCGAUCUCACGGGAUAUGGAUUCAGGAUCCAUAAGUACGAUACGGGCGAGGUGGUCUAUCACCAGCCGACGCCGGCGCAGAAUCCGGAGGCGCCCGUGUUUAAUGGACAUAGAGGGGAGUUGCACCAGGUGGUUUUUGAGUAUGCGCGGGAUGAGUUGGGGAUUGAGAUUCAUUUGGGGAGGAGGGUGGAGGGGUAUUUUGAGGAGGGGGAGAAGGCGGGUAUUGUGUUGGGAGAUGGGGAGAGGGUAACAGCCGAUAUUGUCAUCGGCGCUGAUGGCGUCCGCUCGAAAGCACGCCAGUUGGUCCUUGGGUUUGAAGAUAAGCCCAAGAGCAGCGGGUAUGCUGUUUGGCGAGCUUGGUUCCCAAACACCGACAUGAUCGCCGACCCCCGAACCUCUGAGUUCUGCUCCAACGGCGACACCUUCAAUGGAUGGAUCGGUCCCGAUGUGCACUUCCUCUUCAGCACCAUCAAGAACGGUUCCGACUGCUGCUGGGUGCUCACCCACCGCGACGAGCACGACAUCGACGAGUCUUGGUCCUUUCCCGGUAAGCUCGAGGACGUGUACAAAGUUCUCGAAGGGUGGGAUCCCAUUUGCAAAGCCAUUGUCGAGAAAACACCCUCGCUGGUGGACUGGAAGUUGGUCUACCGUGAUCCGCUGCCGACGUGGGUGAGCAAACAUGCGAGGAUUCUGCUGGUGGGAGAUUCGGCGCAUCCGUUUUUGCCCACCAGCGCGCAGGGGGCGACGCAGGCGAUGGAAGAUGGGGUUACUAUUGCGGUUUGUUUGAGGAGGGCGGGAAAGGAGGGGGUGCAGGCUGCUGUUAGGACUUAUCAGGAGAUCAGAUAUGACCGCGUGAGAGCUGUGCAAAAGACUGGGGAAACAACAAGGGAUAGAUGGCACAAAACUGAUUGGGAAAAAGUUGCCAAAGACCCGAAGAGCGUUGCUUUUCCUCGUGAGGACUGGAUUCAUCAGCAUGAUGCUGAGAAGCACGCCGAGGAUGUGUUUGAUGAGAUCUUCAAGAGGUUCACUCGCCCGGAGAAGGAUAAGAAUGAGCCGUUGCUUCCCAAAGAGAAGCCGGUGGCAGUUGCGUGA